AUCGGUGCACCUCACCGAAAACGGUGCUCUUUGCAGAGCCCAAAUCUUGGCAGCCCUGCGCUCUGCCAGACGGCAAAACAAAAUGGCUGUCCUGCAGCUCCUACAGGCUCCGGUCCCCCACCGGCGCCCCGCAGCCCGGACGGGGUGGGGGGGUGGGGGGGGGGGGGGGGGCCGGUCCGCCUCAGUGGGGCCGGGCAAGGCCGCGGCUCCCGGCACCGCGGGAGGGGCAGCAGGAGGAGGAGAAGGAAGACCAUAAGGGCGUCGUGGCGGCGGCGGCGGCCCCUCGGCUCUGAGGACGGCGCGGGGACAGUAGGCAGCUCCGCCAGCACCACCUGCCUCAGCCGCCCCCGCAGCGGCCCCGCGAUACUGCCCUGCCCUGCCCCGCCCCGCCCCGGAGGGGCGAGGGCAGCCGGGCGGGGGCGCCCUCCGACCGGGGAGAGGCCCACCAAUCGCCGGGCAGGCGGCUGGCCCCGCUGGGCGUGGAUUGGCUCCCGGAGGCCGAAGCGGGGCGGGCACCGCCGCGGCAGCCACAUCUACCGGGCUGCGCUUUUCAAACAGCCGAGUGUGCGGACGCGGCGGUUGGCGGGGGUGUGGGGCCGGCCGGCCUGCCCGCGGCGCGUGCGGGGACGUUGCGGUGGCCGUUGGUCCGCGGAGGGACGUCCCGGGAGCUCGGCGGAGAGCGUGCUAGUAGUAAUGUGGGUGCCUAUAUCCUCCUAAUGUGCUGUUCUACUGGUUUAUUAAGGUGACUGGUAGAAGAAAGAGACCUGUUCCUGACUAUGUUGAGGAGAAAGUUGGAGAAUAAAAGCCUUUCUGGCUUGUUAGCCACAUCUCUGCAAACACAAAUCAAGACAGACAAUUUCCACAAUUUUUAUAUGCUUGAAUCAAAAGAGCUAGGAAGAGGAAGAUGCGCUGUUGUUAGAAAAUGUAUAGCUAAAUCCACAGGCCAAGAAUAUGCAGCUAAAUUUUUAAAGAAAAGAAGAAGAGGUCAAGACUGCAAAGCAGAGAUUUUUCAUGAAAUUGCUGUGCUUGAAUUAAUGAAAUCUAAUCCUCGCAUAGUUAAUCUCCAUGAAGUCUAUGAAACAGCAAAUGAAAUCAUCUUAGUGUUGGAAUAUGCUGCUGGAGGAGAAAUAUUUGACUUGUGUGUCCCAGAUGGGGAUGACAGAAUUGGUGAAAGGGACAUUAUAAGGCUUAUAAGACAAAUACUUGAAGGACUUUGCUGCUUGCAUGAAAACAAUAUUGUUCAUCUUGAUUUAAAGCCUCAGAACAUUUUGCUAAGCAGCAUCAAUCCUCUUGGUGAUGUAAAAAUUGUAGAUUUUGGUAUGUCUCGGAAGCUUGAGAAUUCUAGUGAACUGCGGCACAUCAUGGGAACAACAGAGUAUCUAGCUCCAGAAAUCUUAAACUAUGAUCCUAUUACCACAGCUACAGAUAUGUGGAACAUAGGUGUAAUUUCAUACAUGCUGCUGACACAAGAAUCGCCAUUUGUGGGAGCUGAUAAUCAAGAAACUUACCUUAAUAUAUCUCAAGUUAAUGUGGAUUACUCAGAAGAAAUAUUUUCAUCAGUUUCACAGCCUGCCAAAGACUUCAUUCAAAAACUUCUCAUAAAAAAUCCAGAGGAAAGACCCACAGCAGAAGCCUGUCUUUCUCAUUUGUGGUUGCAGCAAGGGGAAUUCAUACUCUUGUGUAGCCCUGAAGAAACUUGUUGCUCUUCUCUGAUGCCAGGACACACAACAAAAUGCUCAGAAGAGUGGAAUGUAAAAUCUGGUUGUAAUGGUACCUGUAGCAACAAGGAAGACAAAGAAAACAUUCCAGAGGACAGCAGUACAGUCUCCAAACGUUUCCGUUUUGAUGAUUCAUUGCAGUAUCCCCAAGACUUCAUGACAGACUUCGUAUGUUAAAAUAUAGACUUUUAUAAAAUGAGUUUAGUGUAACCUAUUUCAGUGGCGAAUAUAAGAUUACGGCUUGCCAGUUUGUGCAGCAUUGGCAUACUGGAAAUGCACUUUGGUUCUUUUAUGCUGGUGCUUCUUUUCCUAUCCAUUGCUGGCAAUGGAUUUAACCCCUGAGAAAUGGGGGUUGUUGCACCAAUCAAAUUAAUUAUUUUUUUAAGAAGAUAUACUUAAAUAUUUUUGCACUUUUCAAGUUUUAGUCCAAAAAUUAUGUGGGUGAACAAACUAAAACCUGAAAAUGAGUUUGUUUAAACUCAAGCUUUGCCAAACAGUGAUUGAAUACAUGCAUGGUUUUAUGGCUAUCCCCAACAGAAAUUGGUCUAAGCAGGGAAACUGAAUUUUACUUGGCUUAUUUAUGAUCAUUCUCAUUGCUUUAAACAGAAGCUGAAGUUGGUACGUUUUGGGAAUAGGAUAUACCUGUUGGGGCCAUUUGGAAAACUUUCUCUCUAGGAUCAUUAGUACUGCCUUAUAGAUCUGGUCCACUUAGGGAUUAUAAUGCAUACUUGUGUGUUUUUUCCUAUGAUGGAUCUCUGGAAUGCUUGAAUAGAAAACGGGUAGAUUGUCAGUCCUUGUGCUAGUGGUCCUUUGCUUAUUAUCAGUAAGGUAUAUUUGAAGAGGAUGAGGGUCCCAUGCUGAUGCAAGUAUUUGAUACACUUGUUAGUUUGCUUUCAUAAAACCUCUAAAAUAAGUGUCAUCUACCUGUAUUGACCUAUUCUUCAUCUUAAACACAAAACAAAAAAAAAUAUCCCCCCCAAAACCCAAACCAGAAACCCUCUUUAGAGUUAAAAGUAAUAAAAAACUGAAAAUAACCAUUUUUGCCAGUGAAACUGCAACUAAAAGCCUUUUGUUAUGCCCCUCUAAUGUAGAAGUGCAGUGUAUCCUUCUGUUGAUCAUUGUUAUCCAUAACUUCGCUUCAUGCCCACUCUGAGAAAUGGACUGCAGCGUGUUAGUAUUUAAAAGACAAAGUAUCUAAUAACUGUUCUAAGCCUUGGUUUGUUUAGUGGGUUUGUUACUUUAAGUUAUAUCCCUUCCUAUUCCUGUUUCUAGGCUCUGAGGAAAUAAUGCCUAUGUCAAGUUUUGACUUAGACCAAAUACCAAUUAUGCCUUAACAGCCUGAAACUAAUACUGACAAGAUAAAAUCUGAAUUGUAACACUUGAGGCUGGAAGUCUUUUUGUGUAGGGAAGGUAUUAAAACUCUUAUAAAAUGCUUUGAAAGGAAAUAGCACUUUAAAAUACUUUUGGGAUUUUUCUACUCCUCAGAGCUCAGACUUAGUUAUCUGUGACUUGGAUAUGCUUUGUUUUCUAUAAUAAAUGAUCACAAUCUGAUAAUCUUUUUCAAGUGUGCCUGUGUACUUGUCAAUAGUUAGGCAGAUUGAGGUUUUGGAACAACAUAAUUAAGAGGUGAACAUAAUGAGUGGUAAACGGUUGUAUUUUGUGUUUCUUGGCACAAGGAAGGUUCUUUUACAAAUAGAUUUCAAUGUAAGGUAUCACCAUAAUGCAUGGGGGAAUUCAGGACUGUUGUCUUAAUUUGGGGUGACACGUUGACAAGUUAGAAGUCAACUGAGGUGUAAGGCGUGUAAGAGUGACUAUCAGCUUAUGUUUGUCAGAAGAAGUAAAAGUUUUCCAAGACUUAAUCUCAUGUGAAAUGAAGUAACAGAUAUGCUCAGCAUGGGUGAAGCUCAGAUGCCUAGGUGUAAAUGAACCACACUGGGUCUCCUCUAUGUAUUAAUUAUCAUGUAACUUUUUUCAGUGAUACUGAUCAUAUAUAUAAUUAUAAAAUUUGCUGGAGGCAAUUGUUAGAUUGUGUUCAGGUACCUUAUACCCUUCCUUACUUUUCAAAGUCCUUGGCUUUUCCCAGCUGGGAGACUUACCUAACCUUUUGGUUUUUUCUACCAGCAUAGAGUCUAAUUUGAACUGGGUGAAUUAAAAAUACAAACUAUUUUAUACAUACUCGGAAGCUAAAGUUCACUUAAGAUAACAAAAAAACGUCAAAGCUGUAAUGGAUAAAGGUGGAAAAGAAUGGUGAUGAAACUGUUAAAAUUUAAAAUUCUGCAAAAAUAUUACUGAACUGAAAUUGCAGUUGGGAAGCUUGUGAAAGGCUUUGUACAUUAGUAUUCUAUUUUUAACAUCUGGAAAAUAAAGUUGAAAACAUAUGCCAGCACUUUAUGACAAAGUUGUUAUUCCUUAAGAUUUUUAUCAUGAUAUCUGAUGUUUACAUUUCUUACUACUUUUGGAGAUAACUUAUCUUUAAAUUUAAAUAAAUUAAAAUUGGUUUUGUCCACGGGAUUUUACUUUUGAAGACCUUAUUUGUACUUUAUGUAAACUUAAAAUAUAUGUUGAAUCAGAUUUUGUUUGGAUAAGUGAGUUUGAUUUAUUUAAAAAUAUUACUGUGCAUGCAUAACUUCCAUUGAAUGUAAAUACAUACAUUGUAGACAAUUGUUAGCCUGUCUUGCUUUCUGCCAUAUUACUGGUAAUCUCCAAGUGUAAAUGAGUGAUGAGUAACAUUUUAAGAAGACUGAAGUGAUAUUUCUAUGCAGUUCAUUACUUUUUUUAUAUUUAAAAAAAAUAAUAAACUUUGCCUUUUUUCAAAA